AUGCCCAGCCUCGCUUUCCCUUUAGCUGUCAACUACUCCAUCCCAUACUGGGUUCCACCGCCAGAUGAUCUUGGAAUUGUGGUCGCUCGAUACAGAGAAGUGCUUGAUCCCUGGAUCGAUGUGGCAGCAAACAGCUAUGUGUAUGCGAAGUAUCCAACUCCCCAAGAAGACGACAGCAUUCCCCACGACUCAUUCAAACUAUAUGAAGAACUCCCCAACACCGGCCGCGAGGGCAGAACGUACUGCCACCACAUCUACAGCCAUUACGAUGACUUGCAGCCCAUCAUCAUCUUCACCCAGGGCGAUCCGAAAUGGUCGAAAAAGGCCCUCGAACCUCCAGAGCCAGACUUCGACCCAGUCACAAUCUACAACCAUGACUUAAUCCGCGAUCUGGCCGAAUGGAGCAAAAUCAACUGGUCUUCGCCCGCGGAAGGUUAUUGGAUCACGCCCAGCCAGCUCAACACAAUUGCAUAUGCUCCAUAUGAUAUGGCGAUAUUCUGGCAACGGCUAUUCCAGGAGGAGCAUCCGGCCGCAGUCCGCGUUACGCACGGUGCUGUAUUUGCAGUGCGCAGGGAGGCGAUUCUGCAGCAUCCUCGUGAUCUGUACAAGCGGUGUUUGGAUCUGUUUUCCAGUGAUGGGCAAGACGUGGCCAAUCCAGAGGUGGGAUACUUCAUGGAAAGGGUUUGGCUGGCGUUGUGGAGUAAGAAGUUUUGGCUCUCGAAGAUUCCUGGUUCUGGGGAUGUGUAG